AUGAUACUUGGCGCUGAACAUUUAUAUUCGUUCAUCCGAGAUGGACGAUUCCGUUUGCCAAACCAUGGUCCUUUGCUCGUCGAGACUGUUUUCGGCUGGAUCGUUGCCGGGAAGUUCGAAGAUCCGCAGGAAGCAGGCGAGCGCUCCGUUGUAACUUGUCAUGCGGCGACAGUUACCCCCGUAAACGAACUGCUAGAGCGAUUCCGGCGCAUCGAGGAGCUGCAUGGACCAAACUACUCCGUAGAGGAACAGAAGUGCGAGAACUACUAUCAGGAAACCAUAUCCCGCGAUUCGACCGGUCGCUACAUCGUCCGGAUGCCAAAGCACCCCGAUCACGAGAAAAUGAUUGGAUUAUCGAAAGCAUUCGCCACCCGCCGACUGAGGUCGUUAGAACAGCGACUGUCAAAAGACGAAGGUAUGAAGAAGCAGUACCACGACUUCCUUCACGAAUACAUCACUCUCGGCCACAUGGCUGCGGUUCAAGAAGCUGAAGAAGACGAUGCAAAAGCUUGUUACCUCCCACACCAUCCCGUCCUGAAGGAGUCAAGCUCUACCACGAAAGUGCGAGUGGUCUUUGAUGGGUCGGCCAAGACCAGCUCCGGACACUCGCUCAAUGAUUCUCUACUCGUGGGUCCCGUGGUUCAGGACGACCUCCUGAGCCUAAUCCUUCGUUUCCGGAAGUUUCCGGUAGCUCUGGUGGCGGACAUCGAGAAGAUGUGUCGCCAAGUUUCGAUGCAUCCACAGGACCGUCCACUACAAAGAAUCCUGUGGCGUUUUCACGCGUCUGAGCCCAUUCAAACGUAUGAACUGGGCACAGUCACUUAUGGUCUUGCUCCGUCCUCGUUCCUCGCCACACGAACCCUCUUGCAGCUCGUCGAAGAUGAAGGAUGUCCGUUCCCGAAAGCUAGCGCGGCAAUCAAGAAGAAUGUGUAUGUAGAUGACCUCAUCGGAGGAGCCGACAGCACCGAAGAAGCCAUCCAACUGCGUGAGGAGUUAGGCGAUCUACUUCAAAAAGGUGGAUUCCGUUUUCCCGCUGAUGGGCACGUGCAAGUGAGUCUACUCGCUUCAAAAUCGAGGGUGGGUCCCCUGAGCUCCACCAACAUCCCACGCCUCGAGUUAUGUGCCGCUCUCCUCGCUUCUCGCUUGUACGAAAAGAUCGUCAACGCUCUGGAUAUGCAAUUUCAAGAAAGUUUCUUCUGGUCCGACUCGACAAUUGUCCUUCAUUGGCUGAAGGCUCCCCCGCGUACCUGGAAGACAUUUGUGGCGAAUCAAAUCGCCGAGAUUCAAGCUACUACCGUUGGUUCGCACUGGCAACUUGUGGCUGGGAAAGAAAACCCCGCUGAUAUGGUUUCACGUGGAGUCACCGUCGAAGAGCUGAUCAACAGUGAGCUGUGGAAGUUCGGUCCUAUGUGGCUACGCAACGACAAGUCUACGUGGCCUUCACAGUGUCUUCCAGCGAGAAACAUUACGGAUGAGGACCUCGAGCUGAGAAAGAACGUGGUUCUCACCACCCAGAUUCAUCGUCCCGACCCCCUAUUCGAAAGGUUUUCGUCGUACCAAACUCUCCUCCACACAGUCGGAUAUUGCUUCCGGUUUUGCUACAAUUCCCGUAAUAAGGGUCGACGGAAUUCCGGUACUGUGCUCUCCGUUACCGAACUACAGAACGCCAAGGCAGCCUUGGUGAAGCUUGUUCAGGCUGAAGCGUUCCCCGAAGACCUGAAGCGCUUGAAGAAGGGAUUCACGGUUUCGAGCAAGUCAUCCCUUCGCUUGUUGAGCCCGUUUCUAGACGCUGAAGGACUAAUCCGUGUUGGUGGCCGGUUGCGGCUGUCCGAUACACCGUACGACGUUAAACAUCAAGUCGUCCUUCCCGGUUUUCAUCCGUUCACCCGACUUCUCCUGAAAUACUAUCAUCGUAAGCUUGUUCAUGGCGGGAUCAUGAUGACUCUUCCAGUCGCCCGGGACGAGUUCUGGCCAUUGAAUGGGCGGAAGGCCGUCCGAAGCGCUAUACGAAAUUGUUACGAGUGCAGCAGAGCGAAUCCACACCCCAUUCAGCAACCGAUCGGCCAACUGCCGAUUGCCAGAGUUACUGCAAAUGAAGCUUUUGUAUGUACAGGGGUUGAUUAUUGCGGUCCCAUCUAUCUCAAACCAGCACAUCGUAAAGCAGCUGCCAGAAAGUGCUACAUUUCCGUUUUCGUUUGCCUGAGCACUAAAGCAGUUCAUCUAGAGCUCGUCAGUGACUUAAGCACUUCGGCCUUCCUGAUGGCUCUCGAUCGCUUCACAUGGAGAAGGAACAAGCCCCAACAUCUGUAUUCGGACAACGGUACAAAUUUCAUCGGUGCCAAAAAUGCGCUGUACAAAUUGUACCAAAUGCUCCAACCGGGAGACAACAGUGACCAGAUUAGUAAGCAUCUCGCCGAAGACAACAUCCAGUGGCAUCUCAUUCCACCCCGUGCUCCCAAUUUUGGCGGCCUCUGGGAGGCCGCUGUGAAAGUUGCCAAAGGUCAGCUGGUGCGUCAACUUGGAACAUCUCUACUGUCAUUCGAAGAGCUGACAACCGUGCUGAUUAAGAUCGAAGGUUGCAUGAAUUCCCGUCCCCUGCUGCCGCUUUCGAGCGACCCGAACGACCUUGGAACCCUAACGCCAGCGCACUUCCUCGUGCGGAACAUGAUCCGCCCUCUUCCCGAAGCCGACAUUCGAAACACACCACUGAACCGCCUUACCCAGUACGAGAAGCUUCAGAAGUACUCCCAAAACUUCUGGUAUAGAUGGCGGAACGAGUACUUGAAGGAAUUGAAUCGACAGUACUGUUGCAACCCAAGACGCUAUCACAUCAACGAAGGCGACAUUGUUAUUCUAAAGGAUGAAUCCCUCCCGCCAGCACGUUGGCCACUGACCCGCGUAAUAGAGACACACCCUGGACUUGAUGGAGUGACCCGUGUGGCCACGCUUCGUACACCCUGCGGAAACCUGAAGAGAGCAGUAUCCAAGAUAUGUGCUCUGUAG